AUGAGCAAAGAUGCCAGAGCAAGCCUGAAUGCGGCUUUGAUGGAAAGUCGCGCUUUUUUUGCAUGGAUGUCGGCGUUGCUGGAGGCUGAUCCACUUUCAACAUGGCAUGCACUUAUUACUGGCGCUUUUUGGUACGAGGACUUAAGCAGUCCGUUGCAUAAUAUCAACUUCAACUUCAACUUCAACUUCAAUCUCGAUUUCAUCAUUACGUAUUGGUUGGCUCUUCAACGGGUCAUGUCUAAAACCGUAUCUUGUGGUCAGGUAGAUGUCAUGGGCGGAUUAUCACUGGGCGGAUCACGGAUCAUGCUAAUGCGAGACGUUUGGGAGAUUGGCUCGAGAGACAUGCUCUCGAUAAGUGCAAUCUUUCAAGUGCAAAUCGGUGUAAAUCAACAACGGCUCUCAUAG